AUGAGCCCCGGUGCAGUUCCCCAGGCCGUACCAACUGCCAUGAGCGAAGUAGAUGUAAAGACUAAGCCAGAGCAAGAGAAUCGACAUGUUCAGAGCCAAGAACGAGGGCUGAAGGCCUUUUCUCAUGGAGGAAUUCCAAUCCCCGGAAUACCAAGCUUUACUUCUCACGAACUAAAGCGUCAAUGGCAGCUGGAACAUAUGGCUGGUGCAUUUCGCAUCUGGUCACGACAAGGCUACGUCGAAGGCCUAUCUGGCCAUAUCAGCGUUCGUGACCCAGAACACACCGAUGCCUUCUGGACAAACCCGCUCGGCGUCCAUUUCGGACUUCUCAAAGCCAGCGAUAUGAUUCUACUACGACUUGACGGUACCGUUAUUGGCGGUAACCGUGGCCGACCAGCCAACGCAGCUGGGUUCUUGAUUCAUGCCGCUGUGCACAAGGCCCGGCCGGACGUCCAUGCCAUCUGCCAUGCUCAUACGAUGUAUGGUAAGACAUGGUCAUCUUUCGCACGGCCACUGGAGAUGUUGAAUCAGGACGUAUGCAAGUUCUAUAAUGCACAUAGUGUGUAUUCGUCAUAUGGCGGUGUUGUGCUGGCUGAGGAGGAAGGGGUAUUGAUUGCCAAAGCACUGGGGGAUGGAAAGGCUGCUAUAUUGAUGAAUCAUGGCCUGUUGAGUGUUGGCGGCACGGUGGAUGAGGCAGCGUAUUUGUUUGGGGUGUUAGAGCGGAGCUGCCAGUCGCAACUGAUUGCUGAAGUAGCUGCGGCGAACGGGCUUAAAAAGGUGCUGAUAUCAGAUGAAGAGGCAGCUUAUAACUUCAGCGUCGAGAGUGAUCCUGAAGUCCUCUAUUGUGAAUUUCAGCCCGAUUAUGAGUAUGAGGACGCAAUGUGCCAGGGAGCCUUCAAACAUUGA